AUGGACACAACAAUUAAACUACUAAAAUACUUGAAAGGAUGUCCUGGUCUGGGACUUCUGUUACCAAGAGAUGGAAAUUUGGAUGUCACAGCAUAUUGUGAUUCUGAUUGGGAACAUAAGUUGAAAAGAAAAGCUAAUACCAACGACAAUGAUGAUAUCGUUGACACACUUAUAAAUUAUGAAGAGGUUGAUAAGAAUGAGUUUCGUUUUACAAUUCACCAAGUCAAAGCUGUGACUAUGGGAGUGAGACUUCAGGCUUCAGCAGCAUUAACUGAAUGGUCUAUGUCAGAGCUGCUUAAAUACCCGAGUAAUGGAGAAAGCACAAGCAGAGGUCCUUUACUUCCAAGAGAAGCAAGGGAAAGCUGUGAGAUUAGUGGAUAUAAAAUACCAGCCGAGGCCAAAAUCCUCAUUAACACUUAUGCAAUGGGGAGAGAUCCAGAAAUCUGGAAAGAUCCUGAAAGCUUUCAACCAGAGCGUUUUGAAGGAUCUUCAAUUGACUUCAGAGGGAACCACUUUGAAUUGAUUCCAUUUGGUGCUGCUAGGAGGAUUUGUCCUGGCAUAUCAUUUGCAACUUCUACCAUUGAACUUGGUCUUGCUCAAAUGCUUUUAUCACUUCGACUCGAAACUCCCAAAUGGGAUCAAACUAGAAGACUUGGAUAUGACUGA